AUGGAUAUCGGCGGCCUCACCACAGUGGUAGCCAACUCAGCGUACAUCUCAGCCCGUGGUAGCUUUGAUGGCUCAGCUAACCCAGCAGCCAACCGGGACAAGAAGUACCAUGCUAAGCUCAAGCUCCCUCACAUCACUGUGUGUGAGGGCCUGAGGGAGACCCUGGAUCUGCAGUUCCAGAGCAUCUGUGUGGAGCAGCCCAUUGGCAAACGCCUCUUCCAAGAGUUCCUGGAGUCAGCUCCAGAAUACAAGGGGCCCUGUCGCCUCUGGAAGGAUGUGGAAGAGUACGACACUGCCGAGGACAAGGAUCGCAUCCAGAAGGCUUCCAAGAUUAUUCAACGUUACAUGGAGCCCUCAGCCAAGUAUUUCUGCCCCUUCCUCCCUGAAAAUGGCAUCACCAAAGUGAAGGAGCGACACCAGGAUGCUACCGAUGAUCUGUUCACCGAGACCCUAGCCUGCGUUCUGGAUUUCCUUAAGGAGGUACCCUUCACUUUCUACCUGGAAUCCAUGUACCUCAAACGGUUCCUCCAGUGGAAAUGGCUGGAGAUGCAGCCCAUGAGUGAGGACUGGUUCCUGGAUUUCCGUGUGCUGGGCAAGGGUGGCUUCGGAGAGGUAUCUGCCUGUCAGAUGAAAGCCACAGGCAAGCUCUAUGCAUGUAAAAAGCUCAACAAGAAGAGACUGAAGAAAAGGAAAGGCUAUGAGGGUGCUAUGGUGGAGAAGAGGAUUCUGGCCAGGGUUCAUAGUAGGUUCAUAGUGUCACUGGCUUAUGCCUUCCAGACCAAGACAGAACUUUGCCUGGUCAUGACCAUUAUGAAUGGAGGGGACCUAAGGUAUCACAUCUAUAAUGUAGAUGAGAACAACCCUGGGUUUGAUGAGCCGCGGGCUUGCUACUAUGCUGCCCAAAUCAUCCAGGGUAUGGAACACCUUCACCAGAACAGAAUCAUCUACAGAGACCUGAAACCAGAGAAUGUUCUACUGGACAAUGAGGGUAACGUGCGUAUCUCUGACCUUGGAUUAGCCGUGGAGUUAGCAGACGGUCAGGAGAAAACCAAGGGUUAUGCUGGGACUCCAGGGUUCAUGGCCCCAGAGUUGCUGAGAGGGGAGGAGUAUGACUACUCCGUGGAUUACUUUACACUUGGAGUCACUCUCUAUGAAUUCAUCGCUGCCAAAGGCCCCUUCAGGACUCGAGGAGAGAAGGUGGAGAACAAAGAGGUGAAGAAACGCAUCCUUAACGAGCCGGUGACGUACACAGAGAAGUUCAGUGAGAACGCCAAGUCCGUAUGUGAGGGCUUGCUGGCUAAAGAGGUAGACAAAAGGCUGGGCUUCAAGAAUGGAUCAUGUGAUGAGAUUCGUGCUCAUCCCUUUUUCAGUGGCAUCAACUGGAGGAAACUGGAUGCUGGAAUCCUGCCACCUCCUUUCAUACCAGACUCCAAAACAGUUUAUGCCAAGGACCUGGACGACGUGGGUGCUUUCUCAACAGUGAAGGGUGUAAACCUAGAGGAUAAUGACAAAGAUUUCUUUGAUGAGUUUGCCUCGGGCAACAUCUCCAUACCUUGGCAGGAGGAGAUGAUUGAGACGGGCAUCUACGGUGAGCUUAAUGUGUGGGGUCCCGGGGGCACGGUGCCCAAUGACCUUCGCCGUGAGUCCAUUUUGGAGCAGCCACCCAAGUCCUCUACCUGCACCGUGUCAUAA